AUGGCCGACCAGGGACCCAUCCCCCUCUCAUCCAUCCGAACCCUCCUCCUGACCAGCCACGCCCAGACCGCUCACCGUCGCUCCCCCCCGAUCCCCCAGCUGUCAUGCGUCGACUCCGACCCGUCUCUGUGCCGCCUGGCCCGAUCCUCCAUCACCACCAUGACCUGUACCAGCCUAGGCUCGGACGGCCCCGGUGCAUCCGACGGCGGCCGCGAGGACGAGCCGUCGGCGGCCGCGGCGGAUAUCCAGUGGUCCUGCCAGGCCGACCUGCCGGAGGAGAUACGCCUGGGCGCGACCCACGUCGUGUGCGAGGGCUACGACUCCCCGGCCGACACCGACGUACUCCGCGGAUCCUGCGGCGUGAGAUACACCGUCGGUCUCACCGACCUGGGCGAGGACCGCUCUCGCCCUCCCCAUCUCCUCUGUCGCCGAAGCGGAAGCGGAAGCGGGCCGGCAGGAGGAGAAGAGCAGGCCGAGACGCGGUCCUCCCGCGCGGCACCGUAUCUGUUCUGGCUGAUAUUCUCGGCCGUCCUGGUGCGCAUACUCUACGGUGCGCAGGCCGUCGUCGCCGUCGAGUCGUGCCAUUUGUAG